UCGCCCAGCGCCUCCCCGCCCACAGCCCCGGCCGCUCCCCGCACGUCUCUCGGCCCCUCUUCUGCCCUCGCGGAGGGUCUGCGCCCCCUGCCCAAUGAAACUGGCAGCGAUGAUCAAGAAGAUGUGUCCGAGCGACUCAGAGCUGAGUAUCCCGGCCAAGAACUGUUACCGCAUGGUCAUCCUCGGCUCGUCCAAGGUGGGCAAGACGGCCAUCGUGUCGCGCUUCCUCACCGGUCGCUUCGAGGAGACCUACACUCCCACCAUCGAGGACUUCCACCGCAAGUUCUACUCCAUCCGCGGCGAGGUCUACCAGCUCGACAUUCUCGACACGUCCGGCAACCACCCAUUUCCCGCCAUGCGGCGCCUCUCCAUACUCACAGGAGACGUUUUCAUCCUGGUAUUCAGCCUGGACAACCGCGACUCUUUCGAGGAGGUGCAAAGGCUCAAGCAGCAGAUCCUGGACACCAAAUCUUGCCUCAAGAACAAAACCAAGGAGAACGUGGACGUGCCCCUGGUCAUCUGCGGUAACAAGGGGGACCGGGACUUCUACCGGGAGGUGGAGCAGCGUGAGAUCGACCAACUGGUGGGCGACGACCCCCAGCGCUGCGCCUACUUCGAGAUCUCGGCCAAGAAGAACAGCAGCCUGGACCAGAUGUUCCGCGCGCUCUUCGCCAUGGCCAAGCUACCGAGCGAGAUGAGCCCGGACUUACACCGCAAGGUGUCGGUGCAGUACUGCGACGUGCUGCACAAGAAGGCUCUGCGCAACAAGAAGCUGUUGCGGGCAGGCAGCAGUGGCGGCGGCAGCGACCCCGGCGACGCCUUUGGCAUCGUGGCGCCCUUCGCGCGCAGACCCAGCGUGCACAGCGACCUCAUGUAUAUCCGUGAGAAGGCCAGCGGCGGCAGCCAGGCCAAGGACAAGGAGCGCUGCGUCAUCAGCUAGGAGCCCCGGACCGCCAGCUGUCCAAGCAACCCGAGGAGGACCUUUUUUGUUAAAAAAUAAAAUCUGACUCCCCGGCCAGCCCCGCGCGCCCCGGGCCCCAAGAGCACGCGUUGUGGUGUCUUCCCUGCCCGGACCAGGCCUGCGCAUUGGGAAGGCGCCACCUAACUGAGAAGGGACGGUCAUCUGUUCUGGAAGCAAAGAACUGGCUAAGACUGGGACUCUCCCACCUCCGACCUCCUCCACUGGCGUCCCCACUCCCCCCACAUGGGGGACAGGGUGCAGUAGGGGGGAAAUAAUCCUUUUUCUCAGAGACCUGAGGAUGGGAGUGGGUGUGGAGAGGGGGUGAAGUUCAUCAGCACUGUUAGGCGUCAAGUAACCAUCCGACCUCUCUCCGAUUCUGUGGGGUCAGGACCAACGGGGCAUUAUCCCAGCUGUGACUCCACACUGCCAGGAGGCUGGCCAAAGCCUCUGCCCUCUAGAAACUGAGGAGGGUGUGGGUCAGAUCAUAGCCAAGUGACUUGUUUACAUGUGUGUGUGUGAAGUUGCACAAGGAAAAACAAAACACAAAACUUGCACUUUAAUAGUUCUGGUGUCAACAGGGACAUGAACAAACUUUCCAGCGUUUAUACUGUGGGGGGGUCUAUAAAGUUAUUAUUGUUGGUUUUUGGAUAUAAAAUAAAAUCAUUUAAAAUGAACAACUGGGCUUUGUUUUUACAGAGGGCUGUUGGGGGAGGGGGU